AUAGAAGAAGAUCAGGCAGCCAAUAGCGUUGACCCUCAUAUCACCGUCUUGUUGUGUCUGUCAGCUAACUAAAACAGAGUUUCAUUAUCGAGCAUUAAAGUCUAUGUAUUCCAUGAUAAGUGGACCAUGUCUACUCGGGCCUUACGGAGGUUGAGGGGGAAACAGCGGGGUCAGGAGGCCUUGGAUCUCGGGGAGCUGACUUUGGGUGACAGCCCGGAUGAGCAGCCUGCUGCGGGUGAAGAGGAGCAGCUGGACACGGCUAAUGUUUCUCCUCCGGCAGACAGAAAAACCAGCAGAAAGGCAAAGAAAAACAAGGCUCAGAAAAACUUCAGCAACAUUUAUGAAUUGAUUUGUGAUGCAGACAACGAGGCAGAGAAAAUCUCACCUGAUGAAGAGAAACCAGAUGGAAAUCAAUCAAAGGAUACAGAAAAGAAUGAUAACAGAGAUGUUGAAAAACCAGAAGAAGCUAAUUCACAGUCUUUGUCAGGAGACAGAGUCAAAAAAAAGAAGAAAAAGAAGAAGACAAAAGUGGCAGCAGAUGGUGGACAGGAGGCUGGCCCAAAUGACGACAUUGAUUUAUUGCUGCAGAACCUGGAGCAGUCUAAUGGUUUGAGUUUGCAAAAUGAGGAUUGUGGAGGCACUGAACGAAGGUCUGUGCUACACGUGGAGCACAGAAAUCUCAACCCAGAGACGGAGCUGAAAAGAUAUUUUGGGGCUCGAGCUGUUCAAGGGGAUCAAAGACCUCGACAGCGAAACAGACAGUUUCACCGUAGCACCUGGAUGACCGGUCCCAAAGACAGCUGGCCUCGCUUUAGCCGCCCAGGAAUUUCUAUGACCUUACUGCAGUCACAGGACAUUCAGUACUUCUCCUUUGAGCACAGUCGAGAUUACCAACAAGUACAGUUCAAGUUUCUUGAUGCAGUCGAGUCGAUGGAUCCCAACAACAUUGUGUCACUGCUUCAGCUGAACCCGUACCACAUUGACUCCCUGCUGCAGCUCUCUGACGUGUGCCGCAUUCAGGAGGAUCAGGAGAUGGCCAGGGAUCUCAUCGAGAGAGCCAUGUACAGCUUCGAGUGUGCUUUUCACCCUCUGUUCAGUCUGACCUCGGGUACGAGCAGAUUGGAUUAUCUGAGACCAGAGAACCGGGCUUUUUAUCUGGCUCUUUACAAACACAUGAUGUUCCUUGAGAAGAGAGGAUGCCCGCGGACCGCUUUAGAAUACUGCAAACUGAUCCUGAGUUUGGACCCAGACUCUGACCCACUUUGCAUGCUCCUGCUCAUUGAUUUCCUGACGCUGCGCUCCAGGGAGUACCACUCCCUCCUUCAGUUAUAUCAGGACUGGGAGGUUCAUAGAAAUCUCUCUCAGCUGCCAAACUUCGCAUUCUCCACCGCACUUUGCCAUUUCCACCUCAGUCAACAGGAGGAUUUGGAUCCUGAAGAAGGUGUCAAACAAAGACACCGGGCUGACGUGAUGCUGCAGGACGCCCUCAUUAUGUUCCCUGGAGUGUUGAUGCCUCUGCUGGAUCUGUGUACUGUGCAGCCAGACGCCACAGUCACCUCACAUGCCUUCUUUGGCCCAAAGAGUCAGAUUGGGCAGCCUCCUGCGCUUGCUGAGCUCACAGCGCUGUAUGUGGGGAGGACGUGCAGCCUGUGGAGGGAGGCAGCAGUGAUGCUGUGGCUGGAAGAGUCGGUGAAAGAGGUGUUGCGUCGAGUUGAUGCCAAAGACCCACUGGUGGAAGACUGCCAAAACAAGAGAAAGCAGAGGUACCAGAGUGCUCCGAGGAACAUCCAUCGUCAUGUCCUCCUCUCUGAGAUCAAAGAAGCCACCUCAAGUCUGCCUCUUGAGGUGACCAGUCAGCCUGUGAUGGGCUUUGAUCCUCUGCCUCCCCUGGACUCAGUGAUGUCAUACACCCGACCAGAGAGGCAGCAUGUUGGUGCAUCGAAUGAGAGCACAUUGUCGCUGUUUUUUCGGUCUUUACUGCCAAACUUCAACCUUCAGGGUGGACUGAGGCAGGAGGAUGACAUGGAAGUGGCUCGAGCUGGCCAGGAGCUGAACCAGGAGGUGGAUCGUCUGAUGGUGGCAAUGAGGGAAAUGCUGGCAAACAUCAGGUUUCAGGAGCCACCGAGAGAAGACAACCCCUACAGAGAUGAGGAAGAGUGGGACUAAGAGCGAGAGACUGAGAAGAGAGAGAGAGAGAGAGAGAGAGAGAGAGACAAAGACAAAGGUGGCAUUUUAUGUGUGAUGAUGAAGAGGAAUCCAAUAGACAAAGACAUGUAAUAAAGUAAAGAACGAUUCAAACAUUACAUGGGGUUUGUUAUAAUUAAAAAGAAAUGGAAUGGGACAAUGAAACAGUUUGUGUAAUUGUGAAUGCUUCAGAGUAUUGACAGUAAGUAAAAGGAAGAGAAAGAGACAGGCAAUCUGCAGUUGUAGCAUAUCAGAGAGGAGAGGUAGUGAGGUUAAAUCAUCAUGACGCUAAAGUAGACCGUUUUCAUGGUAAAUCCGUGUUGAGCUGCACUUACACAUAAUAAAUAGGUGUUCCUCUUUUU